CACGCGCAAUGGUACUCUAACACGGUACCCGCGAUGAUCCCAAUCGCACUCCUCGGAUCUGCUGUGUAUAUCGGCCUCCAACUCGUACGUACGAAACUCGCAACAGAGAAGUACCUCGACGAAGCGAAUGCGCGCAUUGCACAACUCGAGGAAGAGAUUAAGCGGUUGCAGAGCGAACAAGAAGAAGAAGCAAGAAGAACUCGGAAUAGCGAGUAUGCCGGCGGAAAGAAAAAGAGGAAAGAACCGUCUAGGUGGUGGUGG